AUGCCGGGAGUACAGAACUGCUGUGACAUAGUGGUUAUUCCGUUAGGAAUGUCCCCUCGCAUUGGAAACUCUUGCUAUUUAGUUAUUGUUGGUUCUAAAGUUUCAUUUCUCCUGGACUGCGGAUUAAGAACCUCUGCUCCAGAUGGAGAGAGGGUCCCCUCUUUUAAGUUGAAAUGUUUACAGGACAUGGGGUAUUCACUAGAGCGUGAUCUAGAUUUCAUCAUUAUCUCUCAUGCGCACUUUGAUCACAGUGGGGCUCUUCCGUUCCUCUUUUCCCUUUUCCCCAAUUUCAAUCGACCUGUUUACACCACUGAGGCCACAAAGUUUUUAUUGCCGCAAAUGUAUGCUGACUAUGACCGCGUAUUUGAUAAUACUAAUCAGAGCAUGAGUAAGUUAGAGAAGCAGGCUCGCACAAUAGAAGUUCGUUCUAGGAUUAUUUCUUUACUUAAAACAUACAAAAACAACACCAAUUUUGUAGCUGAUUGUCAACCGUCUCGUACCGGAGAGCCUGUUCCGGAGACGAUUAUCAACUUCUCUAAUGCUGGCCAUAUUAUCGGCGCGGUCAUUACAACGAUCACUGUUGCUGGAUGCGCCAAAAUUGUUUAUACCGGAGAUUACAACACAACAGCCCGCACCACCCUUCCGGGUGCGACGCUCCCUAACUGCGCCAUUGGCGCAGACAUUUUGAUUACAGAAACGACUUAUUGCAACAUUUCUCGACGGCCUAGUCUCUACAGAGAUUCUCUUCAGCUCGCGGACGUAGCUGAAACACUGCGCCAGAACGGUCGCGUGCUUCUUCCAACGUCGGCCAUGGGCCUCUGUCAAGAUAUUAUUGUCAAAGUAUGGUCAUUCUGGGAGAGGUUCCGUCUAAAUAAGAAUAAGCUUUUUCUAGCGACAGGGAUGAUCAAACAAAUGACGGAUGCUCAGCGGAUUUUAGGAAAUUAUUCGUUGGAUACAACGCCAUUCACGUCACUUCCAAUCUAUCAUCGCAUGCGUGAAUUUGACAGACGAUAUAUAAUCCCUGCGGGAAGUGCCAGCGAGGAGGCAGUCAGUAAGGUCAUGGGUGGCCCAUCUGCCGACGGUUUGGCCUCCACAAGUGACUCGUGGUGUGUUAUUUCUGCACCCAACCAAACUAAGACUGGUGUGACACUAGAUUGCUUCAUGCAGAUUGUCCAGGAUCCUAAGGCUCUGGUGGCAUACCCUGGUCACAUGCCCUUAAUGGGAUACAACUGGCGAAUCAUCAGACAUGCAGCAAAGCAUAUUCUUUUUGACAACAUGAAGGUGGCAGUUCCUAUUAACUGCAGAGCAACCCAUCUUGCAUUUAAUGCCCACGUUGAUUUUAAUGGAAUCAUCAAAACCAUCGACUUUUUAAAUCCUCGUGCUGUUUUUCUCAUUCACAAUACUGCUGUUGAUAACGUUGUUAGAUUCUCCGAGCUUUUGCAAGAGUAUUAUCGAAAGUCCAAGAUAAUCUGCACUGGAAAUGACGGGUCACCAAUUUUUGCAAUCCCGCUCCGCGGGUAUCACAACACCAGUCGUGCAUAUCUUCAUCAGGGGAUGCAGAAUAAGAACUCUGUGGCACGCCUUAUUACCAACAACAUAAAACUGGAGGAACUAGAUGCGACUGCCGGUUUGUAUAGGUUGCGGGUUAAGGGAUCAAUCCGGGAUGCAAUCCGAAGUCUACGGUCACAUGGGCUAGCUUUGAUACCGAUAGUGGGACACGCUAACGAUAAGGUUUACAAGAUUGGUGAAAGCAUGUAUCUAAAGGAGCUAAAAGAUGCUGGAGAAGUCCUAAUUCAAUGGGUAGGUGAGCACGAUGCUUAUACCCAUAUAACUAAGCAAGAUAACGGCCUCUGCUUCAAGUGA